CCAGCCCAAUUGUAAAAUUCCCAGCCUGCUCUUUUCUUUCUUUACGGCGUCUACCACCACAAACGGUGAACCCCACCAACGCCACCACCGCUCGCUCCAAAGUUCUCGGGUAACGCAACCUGCCUCCGACAACAAUACCUAUUCUUUCCCUCUACCGUGUUCGUCAGCCGCUGCAAGUCAGUCCACCGGUUUCUUUAUCUUUCGCCAUUAUAAAGGUGAUUGGAGCAACAAUUGUGAGCAAAUUGAAGUUCAUCUUGCUUGACGCAAGGAAUCUACAAACCUUUGCUCUUGUUUCCAUUAAGAUGACAGAUUCAAAUGAGUCCCAGUAUCCAGGAAAAGAACCACGGCAAUCUGAAACAGAACCUCAGCAGUCUGAACAAGUCUGCAAUUUCUUUAGGAAGCCAACAAAGGGCAAAAACAUAAGGAAAAGGACAAUAAACGAAGAUGAAGAUGAAGACUCCAGAAAUGAAACAUCUCUGUUGCAGAACCAUAAAAAGAGUCUGAAGCCUGAUAAUAAGUUAUACUUUUCAACUGGACCCUCCAAGAGUGCUGCUGCCACUGAAUCAAAUAUAGAAUCUGACAAACGAAUUUUCCAAUUUGAGUCUUCAAGGGAAAUUCAAGUUCAAAAUGAUAGCAGAGCAACAGCAACCUUAGAAACUGAGACUGAGGUUACAAAAGAUGCUCGAGCUAUACGUGAGAAAGUUCUUAAACAAUCAGAGGAGGUUUUAAAGGGGAAAAAUACAAGCUCUGGUGGAGAGAAGUUGUAUAAGGGAAUGCAUGGUUAUGUGGAUCAUAAGGCGGGGUUUCGAAGAGAGCAAACAAUUGCCAGUGAGAAAGCUGGUGGGUCACAUGGACCUCUUAGGGCUUCUGCCCACAUCAGGGUGUCAGCAAGAUUUGAUUAUCAGCCAGAUAUUUGUAAAGACUACAAAGAAACUGGUUACUGUGGUUACGGAGAUUCAUGUAAGUUUAUGCAUGAUCGUGGAGAUUACAAGUCUGGGUGGCAGUUAGAGAAGGAAUGGGAAGAAGCAGAGAAAGCAAGGAAGAGAAAUUUGGCUUUGGGUGGCGAAGAUGAUGAUGAGGCAGGGUUAAACCAGAGUGAUGAUGAUGAUGAUGAUUCAUUACCCUUUGCAUGUUUUAUUUGCCGGCAGCCUUUUGUGGAUCCUGUUGUUACUAAGUGCAAGCACUACUUCUGCGAGCAUUGUGCUUUGAAGCAUCAUGCGAAGAACAAGAAGUGCUUUGUUUGCAACCAACCCACCCUUGGUAUUUUUAAUACUGCUCAUGAGAUACGUAGAAAGAUGGCCGAAGAGGGUAAACGAUAAGUUCAUUGAUGUUUUGCUACAACUUCUGCAAUUACAAACAUGUUUAUUUCUUUGUUUAUUGUUGUAGUAGAAGAUUCACUACUCUUUUAUAUUGUUUUAAAGGAAAUGCUUUGCUAGAGCUUGGGCAAAAUUUUAGAUAAUGCAGUGAUUGAGUUUUUGAAAAUCAUUGUUGCUGCGAGCAUGUGCUUUAGUAUUUAGGUGAGCAUGCUUUUCUUUCAUGCAGCUACCAACUUAUCCUCCUUAU